AUGAAUGCAGCAAUUAUGCUGGUGGUGAUUCUAGUGCUUCUUUUCCUGAAGAAAUUAGGGCUGUUCGGAUCAACAGAAAAACUCCCACCGGGGCCCAACACAUGGCAAGUUUUACGAAAAGUUUCCGAAUUUAGAAAGCAACCGCAUAUCGCGUUUAGCAACUUAGCUAAAGUGUAUGGUCCGAUAAUUUCGUUAAGGCUCGGCGGCCAAUUCUUGAUCGUUGCAUCAUCGGCCGCAACCGCCAAGGAAAUCCUCAAGACUCAAGACCGGAAUUUCUCCGGCAGGUUCUUGCCAUUGGUGUACUACAAAAUCCCAUCGGCCGAACAGUCUUCGGUAGUCAUGUCCAAAGAAUGCAACGCCACCUGGAAAUUUCUACGUGGGAUGAGCCAAAACUUCAUCUUCUCCAACAAAUCCGUCGAGUCCACUGCCGGUUUGAGGAAAUCCAAGGUGUUGGAGAUGGUGGAUUAUUUGAGAAGCAAACGAGGCGAGAUUGUGAAUCUCGACAAUUUAAUGAAUUCCACCGUUUCUAAUAUAAUUAGUGACGUGUUGGUUUCGAGAAACGUUUUCGAUAUCACGAAAGAGGACGAAACUAAUGACCAUGAAAAUAUGAGGGCCCUUGUAAACGAAAUUGUUGACAUGGUUUCCUCUUCCGUAGGGUUGUCCGAUUUAUUUCCGUUCAUGCGAAUUUUAGAUUUUUGUAGUAGAAAGAAAGCUAUGGAAAUUCACAAAAAAUUGAUGCAUAUGUGGGGAGAUAUGGUGAAGGAGAGAAGAUCAGAUAGAGUGCAUGAUGUCAAUUAUUCAGCUCGAGAUUUCUUGGAUGUUCUUAUCGACAAUUCACUUACCGAUGAUCAAAUCUACGUCGUCUUCACGGAGCUACUAAUAGCUGGAACAGAUUCAAGCAGCAUAACAUUAGUAUGGUUGAUGGCAGAGUUGAUAAAAAAUCCCGACAUUUUGCGCAAAGUUGUCGAAGAAGUUGCAAAGGCAUUCGAAGGAGAUCUGUUAAUCGACGAAGCAAUUUUAACCGAGUCUAAGUACUUACAAGCUUGUAUAAAGGAAACACUAAGAUUCCACAUGCCGGGCCCAUUCUUAGUGCCGCAUCGUGCAAUUGAGAAGUGCAAGAUCCACGAUUACGUAAUCCCGAAGGAUAGUGUAGUCCUGGUGAAUACUUGGGACAUUUCGCUGGAUCCCAAAUAUUGGAAAGAUGCUUCGAGUUUCAAUCCCGACAGGUUUUUGACUGGCGACUCGAAAAUUGAUUUCAGAGGGGCCCACUUUGAAUAUACACCAUUUGGCGCCGGAAGAAGAAUGUGUCCUGGAUUUAAUUUGGCUUUCAAGAGCAUUCAGAUUGUGGUGGCAUCUUUAGUGCAUUAUUUUGAUUGGAGUCUUCCCAAUGGAAUGGAUCCGACCCGAAUUGACACGGAUUCCGUAUUUGGAACUGUGCUCAAGAAGAAGCAACCAUUGCUUUUGAUUCCGACUCCAAGAGAUCGGAAUAAAAUGCGAUAA